AUGAUCAAGCUCAACGCCGAGAGCGUGGCGGUCUACAACUUCGCAUGCAACACCACACUCCAGGAGAACGGGAUCCUAUGCCCCAUGCACCCCUGCGAGGGGAUGUGGCUCUUCAAGGGGCCGAGGAUGAACCACAACAGCUACCACACCUACGGCUCCACCUUUGGCACGGACUACGUCUGCGGCACAUUCCCAACGAUCUCCUUCCAGAUCAUGAAGAUCAACGACGGCAUCAAGGGAUACUACGACUACAAGUCAAGGAUCAAGGACGAGUCGCUAGAUCGAAGGACCAUCAGUAUGAACCUUCGGAAGAGCAACAUUGUCAUCUUGGAAGACGGGGAGUUCAUGUCAAAGAUGAAGGAUCUCCACCAAGUAAAGAACAGCAAGCUACAGCUCGACUACUUUUGCUUCGACGAGGGCUUCAUGAAGAACCUCGAGAAAAUGCAAUGGAAUCGCGAUAACGGGCACAUUGAGCUCAUGCCCAUAGUGUAUGUUGAAGACAUUGAAAAGAUGAGGAGCGACCAGUCCAUGGACAAGGGCGCGUACCUCGAUAGCAUGCGUGGAUGGACCUGUUCGCUGAUCCAACGCUUCAUAAGCGAGCCCUACUGCACAAGCUUCACCCUCCCCCUCCCAAGCGACCUGGUGUCAGACGAGGAGAUCGCAAAGGCAACCGAGAGUGAUCUGCAAAAGUUUAUGGAGACAGCCAGUAGGCAAGUAGUCAUUGAGGAAGACUAG